AUGAGAAUCCAUUUUAUUAAUUUAGUUCAUUUAUUUAUAUUUUUACUUUUAUUUGUUAAAUGUAUUAAAAAAAAAAAAAUAAAUAUAAAAAAUAGAUCUAUUAACAGAUUGAAGAAAAAUAAUAUUUUAUUGAACGAAUGGAAAUGUAAUAGGAAAAUUAUAAACACUAUAUCCUUUUUAAAAAAUAAUAUUCAAAUGCUUUCUUUUUCUAAAAGAAGUAUAAAAAAUAACUUUACCUUUAAUAAACCUAAAUUGAAGAAUCUUUUAUGUUCAUUAAGAGAUAUUGAAAGAACAAAAAUAAGAGAUAUAUUUAAAAUAGAUAUAAAAAGUGAAUCAAAAAAAAAUUUUAAAAUAUGUGGAUGGAUUAAAUCAGUUAGAACUGUAGGAAAAAAUUGUUUUCUUUUUAUUGAUAUAAAUGAUGGUUCUUAUUUUAAGAAUUUACAAGUAAUAAUUGACGCAAAUAUUUUAAAUUAUGAUGAGAUUUUAAAAACAACAACUGAUGAUUCAAUAGAAUGUGUAGGAGAAUUAAAAUCUUCAAUUGGAAAAAAUCAGAAAAUAGAAUUAUGUGUUUAUGAUGUAUCAAAGAAUCAUUAUGUAAAAUUAUUUAAAUCUAUAAAUGAUAUAAAUGAGAAUAAUUAUAAUAAAAAGGAAAAUAACGAUCAUACAUAUUCCAAUGUUAGAAAUAGCGAUAAUAAUAACUUUAUUAUGAAUAAAGAUAUUAAAAAUAUGAAAGAGAAUGAUAAAAAAGAGAAUAUAGUUAAAAAUGAUAAAAACAAAGAUGAGUAUUAUAUGAUAUCUAAAAAAUAUCAUACAAAACAAUAUUUGAGAAAUUUUCCACAUUUAAGAGGGAGAACAAAAUUGUACAGUAGUAUAUUUCGAUUAAAAUCUGAUAUAAUUUAUGAAACUUUCAAUUAUUUUAGAAAAAAAAAUUUUACUUAUAUUAAUACUCCUAUUUUAACAAGUAUUGAUUGUGAAGGAGCAGGGAAAUUAUUUUAUGCAACCACCUUGUUUAAUAAAGAGAAUGAAAAUAAAACAAAUGCUAACAAUACUAAUAUAAAUAAUAAAAAUAACUUUAAUAAAAAUAAUUUUAAUGAAAAUAAUUUUAAUGAAAAAGAUAUAUACCAAAAAGAUUUUUUUAAAAAACCAUGUUAUUUAAAUGUUUCAAGUCAAUUGGCAUUAGAAUGUUUAUGUUGUUCUAUUGGUGAUGUUUUUACAAUUAAUCAGUCCUUUAGAGCAGAAAAAUCCAAUACGUUCAGACAUUUAAGUGAAUUUCUUAUGUUAGAAGUUGAAAUUCCUUUUUCUAAUUUGAAUGAUAUUAUUUCACUAUCGGAAGAUUAUAUAAAAGAAAUGAUUAAAUUUGCAUUAUACAAAUCAGAAGAAAUUGAAUAUUUAUAUGAAAAUCAUGACAAAAAUUUAAAAAAAAAGUUAGAAAACGUUCUAAACCAGAAGUUUAUGAUAAUAACUUAUGAUGAAGUUGUUCAUUUGUUAAAAGAAAAAAACAUUUCUUCUGACUUAUCAUGGGGUAUAGAUUUAUCUUUCGAACAACAAAAAUUUCUAACUAAUGACUAUUUUAAAUCUCCUGUUGUUAUAAUAAAUUACCCUGAUAAUAUUAAACCAUUUUAUAUGAAGUUAAAUGCAGAUAAAAAAACUGUAUCAUGUAUGGAUAUAAUAUUUCCAGAUAUAGGAGAAAUUGUAGGAGGAUCUGAAAGAGAAAUUCAUCUAGAUACUUUAAAGAAAAAAAUGAACAAUCAAAAAUUAGAUGUAAACUUAUAUGAACCAUAUAUACAACUAAGAAAAUAUGGUAAUAUUCCUCAUUCUGGAUUUGGUUUAGGUAUAGAUAGAUUAAUUAUGUUUAUUUCAUCAAUUAAUAAUAUAAAAGACAUUGUUACAUUUCCAAGAUAUCCUAAUUUUCUCUUUAUGUAA